ACCGAUUCAAUUCCAAUUACUAUAGGUGACUUAACUGAGCUUCAAAUUUUGUAUUUUUAUUCUAACCAAAUUUCUGGUCCUAUUCCUAGUGAGUUGGGGAAUUUGAAAAACCUCACCGAACUGGAAUUAUCCCAUAAUCAGCUUACCGGUUCAAUUCCAAUUACUCUAGGUGACUUAACUGAGCUUCAAAUUUUGUAUCUUUAUUCUAACAAACUUUCUGGUCCCAUUCCUAGUGAAUUGGGGAAUCUGAAAAACCUCACCAAACUGAAUUUAUUAGAUAAUCAACUUACUGGUUCAAUUCCCAAAACUCUAGGUGACUUAACUGAGCUUCAAAUUUUGUGUCUUCGUUCUAACAAACUUUCUGGUCCCAUUCCUAGUGAAUUGGGGAAUUUGAAAAACCUCACUGUACUGGAAUUAUCACUUAACCAACUUUCAGGCCAUUUGCCAGACCAGCUUUGCCAAAGUGGGAAACUUGAGAACUUCACCGUGAAUAGCAACAAGCUAACAGGGCCUAUACCAAUUAGCUUGAGGAAGUGCUCUAGUUUCAAAAGGGUUCGCUUUGAUAACAAUAGUUUCACUGGGAAUUUAUCUGAAGCUUUUGGCAUCUAUCCUAAGCUUCAGUUCAUUGAUUUAAGUGACAAUGAUUUUCAUGGUGAACUCAGCAGCAAUUGGGGGAAAUGCAAGAAUUUGACAAAUCUGAAGGUAGCCAGAAAUAACAUAAGUGGUAGCAUACCACCAGAGAUUGGAAAUAUCAAAGGGCUUCUUGGACUUGAUCUUUCAUCGAAUCAUUUGAUUGGGCAGAUUCCUAAGGAAAUUGGAGAUAUAACCUCUCUAGUUAAGUCAGGAGAUUACGUGCACUUGUUUCAGUUGAACCUGAGCAACAACAAAUUUGGGCAGAAAAUUCCAAUGGAGAUAGGGAGGAUAACUCAACUUAAUAUACUUGAUUUGAGCCAUAAUCAUCUUGUUGGAGGAAUACCCCCUUAUCUAUCUAAUUUGAAGAGCUUGGUAAGCUUAAAUCUUUCCCACAAUGGCCUCUCUGGCCGCAUUCCCGAAGAACUUGAAAAAUUGACUGGUUUGCAAUAUGUCGUGUUGUCAUACAAUGAGUUGGAAGGUCCAAUCCCUAAUAAUAAGGCUUUUAUUAAUGCCUCAUUAGAGGGAAAUAAAGGUCUUUGCGGAAAUGUAAGAGGACUCCAGCCUUGCGAAAGGCCAUCUUCUGUGGUGAAGAAGCAGUCAGUGGCAAAGAGACGUAAACUCAUCCUCAUCACUGUACUUCCUGUUAUGGGAGAACUAGUACUACUCUGUGCUUUCAUUGGUGUUCUCUUUAUGUGUGAUAAAAGAAAGAAAGUUAGAGAUGUUGAAAGACGUGAUGAUGGUUGGAUUUCGAUAUCCAUGUUAGAUGGAAAGGCAUUAUAUAGAGAUAUCUUAAAUGCCACAGAGGAGUUUGAUGCAAAAUUUUGCAUCGGAAAAGGAGGGCAUGGAAGUGUUUACAAGGUAAACAUUCCAUCAUUAGGGAAUAUAGCUGUGAAGAGACUUCAUUCUUCAUCUGAGAAUGCACAUCCCAAAUGCUUUAUGAAUGAAGUAAGGGUAUUGAUUGGGAUUAAGCACCGGAACAUUGUGAACCUCUACGGCUAUUGUUCGAAUGCAAAAAACUCGUUGUUGGUUUACGAGUAUGUGGAGAGGGGGAGUUUGUCUAGUAUUUUGAGCAAUGAAGUUGAGUCCAAGAAAUUGGAUUGGCUUAAAAGGGUGAAUAUCAUUAAGGGUGUUGCUUUUGCUUUAUCUUACAUGCACCAGGAUUGCUCACCACCUAUUGUUCAUCGUGACAUAUCAAGCAGUAAUGUUUUGCUUGAUUUGGAGUAUGAAGCUCGUGUUUCAGAUUUUGAGCUUGCAUAUACAAUGAAGGUUACACAAAUGUGUGAUGUCUAUAGCUUUGGAGUAUUAGCAUUGGAGAUAAUCAAAGGAAAGCAUCUUGGGGAAUACAUUACUAUGCUAGCAAAUUUGUCGACUAGAGAUCAUGUGCAGCUUAGCGAUUUGCUUGACGAACGUCUUCCAUAUCCUGAAGAUAGGGUAAAAGAGGUUUUGUGUUUUAUCAUCAAGCUAGCAAGUUCUUGUUUGCUUGAAACUCCAAAAUCAAGGCCAAUAAUGCAGUUUAUCUCUAAUAGGUUAUCAUCAAUGAAUCCCCAUCCACCUACUCAUGUAAGGCGAGCUAUAUAA